GCGGUGCGACGGCGCUGUAGCGUAUCUUCCCGCCGUCCCCCCAAACGACCAUCGGUCGACACAGUCGCGUUUUGGUUCGGUUUGCUAUACGUAGUUCGCUUGUGUUUUAUUGUUUUUUAUUUAAAGUGUUGUUUACUAUACUGAUUGUGGGACGGAAAACUGUGUAAUAGUUACGUGUUAUAUAAGUGACUCAAUGAAAUUAUAUUUUUCGAAUGGAUUGAGUUACGAUGUUACCUCCUACGGCCGGAAUAGCGCAAGUUCAACGUGACCGGCCCGAAAUGGCAUACCAGCAACGACGUGACGUGCGAGAAAUAACAAGGGACAUUAUUAGAGAAGCCCGCAUUUCAAACAGACAAUCCAUGUCGCCUGGAGCUCGAGACAGAUUUCCGUCGACGUCAUCGACGGACGACAAUGAGUCCGGCACAGACGGUGAGGCGGACCGAUCCCGACGUGCGGGACUAUCGCACGUACACCCUGGACCGCCGCCGGGUGGUAUAAUAGUGCGCAAGCGACGCGGUAACCUGCCGAAGCAUUCUGUGAAGAUCCUCAAGCGCUGGCUGUACGAGCAUCGCUACAACGCGUAUCCGAGCGACGCGGAGAAACUCACGCUAAGUCUAGAGGCUAAUCUGACCGUUUUGCAGGUAUGCAACUGGUUCAUAAACGCGCGGCGGCGCAUCCUGCCGGAGAUGAUCCGGCGCGAGGGCCACGACCCGCUGCACUACACCAUCUCGCGGCGCGGCCGCAAGCAGCUGGGCUCGGGCGGCGCGGGCUCCAGCGCCGGCGUCGUGGUGUCGUCGUGGGACGGCGAGGGGGAGGGCGAGGGCGAGGGCGAGCGCGAGCGCGGCCGCGACCACGACUACGGCGACGGGCUGCUCGUGUACCGCAGCGACGGCGACGAGCUGGCCGACGGCGAGGAGGGCUACUCGUCCAGCGCCGUCAGCGAGGAGGAGGUCAAGUACGACCCGUCCGUGUGGCAGUCCGUCAUCCGCUACGGGCCCGAGGACCGCGACCUGCACCCCGCCGCCCGCGGUGGGAGUGUAAUGCGAAGGCGCGGUGGCGGCAGGUCCGCGGCCGUGGUGACGGUGCGCACGGCGGAGGAGGGCGAGGGGGAGGGGGAGGGCGAGUCGGGCGCGGGCGGCUGGCAUCCGCAGCUCGCGCAUCUGCCGCAGUUGCCGCAUCCGCUGCGUCGCAAGCUGCAGGCGGCGGGCGGAGCGGGCGGCGCGGGCGCGGAGGGCGAGCGCGACAAGUUCAAGUGCCUGUACCUGCUGGUGGAGACCGCCGUGGCCGUGCGCCAGCGCGAGAAGGAGCAGGAGGAGGUGCCCGUCUAGCGCCGGAGAAUGGCUGCAAAAACAGUUGGACGUGUUCAUCUCGCAGGAAUUGUAUGGUACGGCUAUGUUUAACCUAACUUCCAUUAAUGUAGGCCCACAUAACUUAGACAUUGUAGAAAUUUCUAUUUAAUUUCAUAUACGGAUGUGGAGGACACAUUUAUAUAAUAUAUAAAUAUAUAAUAAAACAUCUCAAUUAUUCAUUUAAAUUUAUACAGUUUGAAAGAUAUGUAGUUUUAUAUGUUUUUAAAGUCCCAUCCGUAUUCAGUAAUUAAAUGUAACAAACAUAGCACUACAUAUCUAGUAAAUAAUAUUGUGUAGCUCUAUAUCAAGAACCAUUCAAUAAACUGGGAAAGUUUCGCUUGAAUACAGUAACAAUUAAAUAUAU